CUCUGACGAAGGCCGUUAGGCCGAUACGUAUUCUUAUUAAAUAUCAGUGAUACAAUCAAAAGCAGUGAGCGGUUUCCUUUUUCCUUCAUCGUGCAUGUGACCUAAUACAAUUAGAUUUGAUUUGAUGUGGUUUUGAGAAAGACCAAUUCUGCUUCUGUCUGCUUUACAUAGCAUGGUUGUGGGCAACCACCUCUUGUAGUUGGGGGAAAUUAUAACAUGUUUGUCAUUCAGGUCUUGUACCACUGAUGGACUACAAGUGCAAGCUUAAGUGAAUGUUUAUGUCCUGCAUCCCCCUACAUCCCAUCCCAAGAUGAAGAGCAUAAUGCUGCCUCUGGACAACAUUACAGCCAACAGCAGUGUCUGUACAGUGGAACCCCAGCAUAUCUCCAUCGCUGUUUUCCUCCUCCUGGUCUUCCUGGUUGGUUUCUUCCUCAACAGUUUCAGUCUGUGGGUCUUCUGCUGCCAUAUACCACAGUGGAGCUCUGGUGCCGUCUUGCAGUUUCAUUUGGCUGUCAGUGAUGCUAUCAUCACACCAGUUGCACCAUUUAUGGCAACAUACUUUGUCAUGGGUAGCCACUGGCCCUUUGGAGCUUUUCUGUGCAAGUUGAAGAUUGCCCUGCUGAUCAUUCACUUCUAUGGCAGUAUCCUGUUCCUCACACUCAUCAGCAUUCAUCGAUAUGUGGCAGUGGUCCAGUUUAAACAAGGCUCCUGCAUGAAACGAAAGGCGUUUGUUCAGAAGCUGUGUGCUGGAGUCUGGCUGCUUUUGCUGGCUAAGGGGAUUGCCUGUUUCUACUUUAACACCAGCCAAGUGGGAAGCAGCACACAAUGUCUUAGCAUUCAUCAGCAAGAUUACAUUCAGACUUACUUUGCCAUCAACUUCGUUUUGCUCACCCUUGGGUUCCUAAUGCCUUUCUCAGUGGCAGUGACGUGCUAUGUUCAGAUAGCAAGAUCAGUGUCUCGUAUCAAUAUCAACACGUUUAAGGGCCGUAGUAUUAAGGCCAAGUCCCGUAAAAUGGUGGCCAUGUGUCUGGUGAUAUUUGGACUGUGCUUCAUGCCUUUGAAUGUGAUACGCACUGUGGCUGUCGUGUUAAAGAAGUACUAUCCAGAACAAUGCAUCCUUCUGCAGGUGGAGACCUCAUACUAUUUUUGCUGGAUUUUGGCUGGAGCAAACUGCUGUCUGGACCCAUUGGUUUACUGUUUUGGAUCACACAAUUUUGUCAAGGCUAUUCAUAGGUCUCUCAGAAAAUUUGAUGUCUAGUUCAAAGAAGACCCUGCCACAAAUGACCAGAUCAGCUACAAUGCUGCUAUUGAUUCUCCCUCCAUUGUAUUAGAACACAAGGAAAACAUGUCCACACCCAUCAUUUGAACACAUCUUCAAUAAGAAACCUCAUAGUAGUCUCAUCACAUUUGCUCAGUGUCUUCAUCAUCCUGAGAAAGUAUAGUUUUAUUAUCUAUAACAUAAAUAGUAUUCAUAGAAUUGACAUGGGACAUGUGAGGGAAAAAAGUAUGUCCCUGAGAGUGAUCAUGAAUGUAUUCUUUAUUGAUGUGUAAUAAUGAUUAGAUACUGUAAUUGUAAAGCAAAACCUAUAAACAUGCUCUGUUUUAAACUAAUCAAAGUGUAUAUCAUAUGCAUGUUAAAGGGAAUACCUUUUCCACUGCCUUCAUUUGAAAAAGUACAUUGUACUCUUUCUGUUAAAUUUUGUUAUUACGAUGCCCCUCCUUUUUCGGGUGGUGCUCGGCGGUCGACGUCACCGGUCUUCUAGCCGUCAUUGAUCCAUUUUCCAUUGGUUUUGUCUUGUCUUCCUACACACCUGGUUCCAAUCCCAUUAAUUACAUGCUGUGUAUUUAACCCUCUGUUUCCCCUCAUGUCCUUGUUGGAGAUUGUUUGUGGUUAUGUGUUCGUGAAAUUUUUGUAUAGGUGUGCGACGGGUAUGUUUACCCAUGUUUAUUUUAUGUACCUUGUUUUCUUGGAGUUUGUUUUUAUAAUAUUAAACUACUCCAGUUACACCAA